AUCCUGGCAAUGGGUAGAGAGAGGACAUAGAUUCUUCUGUGUGCUUUGUCUACUCCUAUUCGGGUCUCUCCUCUCCUCCGGCAUGAUGGGACUGUGGAUCCCCAGAGGCCCCUGGGUGGCAGCUGUGGUCCUGACAUUGAUGAUGCUGAACCCUCCCGUGGCCUUGGUGAGGGACCCCCGACCUCGGUUCUUGGAACAAGUUAAAUUCGAGUGUCAUUUCUACAACGGGACGCAGCGCGUGCGGUAUCUGGCCAGAGUCAUCUACAACCGGGAGGAGUACGCGCGCUUCGACAGCGACGUGGGCGAAUUCCGCGCGGUGACCGAGCUGGGGCGGCGCUCAGCCGAGUACUGGAACAGCCAGAAGGAGCUCCUGGAGCAGAAGCGGGCCGCGGUGGACACGUACUGCAGACACAACUACGGGGUUGGAGAGAGCUUCACUGUGCAGCGGAGAGUUGAGCCCCAGGUGACUGUGUACCCAACAAAGACGCAGCCCCUGGAGCACCACAACCUCCUGGUCUGCUCUGUGAGCGGCUUCUACCCUGGCAACAUUGAAGUCAGAUGGUUCCGGAAUGGCCAGGAGGAGAAGGCUGGGGUCGUGUCCACAGGCCUGAUCCAGAAUGGAGACUGGACCUUCCAGACCCUGGUGAUGCUGGAGACGGUUCCUCAGAGUGGAGAGGUUUACACCUGCCAUGUGGAGCAUCCCAGCCUGACCAGCCCUGCCACAGUGGAGUGGAGGGCUCAGUCCACAUCUGCACAGAACAAGAUGCUGAGUGGAGUCGGGGGCUUCGUGCUGGGUCUGCUCUUCCUUGGGCUGGGGCUGUUCAUCUACUUCAGGAACCAGAAAGGACAGUCUGGACUCCAGCCGACAGGACUCCUGAGCUGAGGUGACAAGGCUGAAGGAAGGAGCUCUCUUGCCACGAAAUCAUGACUUACCCAGCUGGCUCGAGUUCCUCCAUUCACACUGCUGCCCCAGGACCUGGCUCCUCCUUGCUCUGGACCCUGCAGACCUGUUAACCCUGACAGCCUGCUUAGACCCUGCCUGGGCCUGCAGCCCUGGGACAGAGGUCUCCUCCCAUUUCUCCCCUGCCCUUUGUCUGGAGCUUCUGAGCCCGGCUGCUGUCAUGAGCUUUCUUACAUUUUCCUCAAAUAAACAAAGAAUGAAAAUCACCUGCUUCGGAGAGUUUCAAGAAGAAACAGCAAAGAGGAAGGAAUGACCCAAUGUUUGUUCAGGAUAAGCAUGACAGAUUGGGUAUAAGAAAUAAAAAUCCAGUGUUAUACAUUA